AUGUCAAGUAGAUUCAGCAGCCGCGCCGACGCGCGCGACGACCUCUUCUCCUCGUACAACCGCAGCGCCUCGCCCUCGAAAUCAAAAAACAAAGCUCGCGCAAGCCCUUACAAUGCUGGCUCUGGCUACGGCUACACACCACCUUCUUCUGCCGACGGGCCAGGCUUUGGCGCGUAUCCUGGUGCGAGUGGAACUAAGGCGAAUGGGAGUCUGUAUCCUGGGAAUGGAGGAGGUGGUUAUGGGGGGUAUGGUGUAGGAGGAGGAAGUGGAAGGGGGAGUGAUGACGGAAGAGAUGGCAUAUAUCGGGCUGCGACACCGAAUUCAAGAGGACAGUAUUCUGCGGCUGUGUUGGAUGAGUUGGAGAGUCAGAAUGAUGAGCAUGUUGGGGUUUUGACCAGCAAGGUUAAGAUGUUGAAGGAUUUGACCCAUCUUAUCGGAGACGAAAUCCGAGAUUCCACCACCCUCGCCGAGAAGAUGAACGAUCAGUUUGAGAACUCGAGACACAAGAUCAAGGGCACUAUGAAUCGUAUGUUGAGGAUGGCGCAGAAGACGGGUGUCGGGUGGAAGGUUUGGGUUGGGUUCUUUGCUGCGGUUAUAUUGCUGUUUUGGUGGGUGUGGUUGGGUUGA